AUGCAGUCCUUUGCUCUGCAAUUUUUUUUCAUAUUGGCCUUAAUCUCUCUUUCAAUUGCCGCUUCUGGUUUUAAGUCGUCGACUCCUUGUAGUGGUGAUUUCCUACAAAUGGUGGCCUACAAAGAGAUGAAUAGUAAAGUAAACACCACCAAGUGCAGGAGAUUAUCAACUUUAGAAGCUCAAUUCGCUUGGAACUACGACAAAACCCGUCACAACCAGACCCAAAUCACCGUCCUCAUCGGCAUCAAGUUGAUCCCAGCCGAUAUGGGAUGGCUAGCCUGGGGUGUGAACCCUGACGUGCCACAAAUGGUGGGGACUCGAGCCAUCAUUGCCAUUAAGCUCCCGAACCAAACCACCCCAUUGCUCAACACUUACAACAUCACCGAAGAUAUUAAACUAGGGUGCAAACUCCAGCCUUCAAUAGAUCUUGAUUUCAGGGUCCAAAACAUGGCCGCAGUAAGUGAUGCAGGGUUUUUCGCAGUGUUUGUCACACUGAUUCUUCCCGAUCGACAAUACGAUAUAUCGAGCCUGAAUCAUGUCUGGCAAGUCGGACGUUUCGCAGAUGGCUUGGAACCGAUGAUGCAUUCGACGAGUCUCGGGAAUUUCGAUAGCAAAGAGGUUUUGGACUUGAGGACAGGGCGUUGUAGGAACAUUGGACGCCAUAGGCAACAUCUAAGAAAGGUUCAUGGGAUUUUGAACAUUAUAGGAUGGGGAACAUUGUUGCCUAUCGGAGUCAUUGUUGCAAGGUACUUCAAACAAUUUCCAUUUAAACUUGAUCCUUGCUGGUUUUAUUUUCAUUACUCUUGCCAAGUUCUGGGCUAUACCCUUGGAAGCAUUGGCUGGGGAAUCGGACUGUUGCUCGGACAUGAAUCGAAAUACUAUUCCUUCCAUCGACACCGCGUUCUCGGCGUCUGUAUUUUUGGAUUCAUUACCUUGCAAAUGUUAGCAUUUCGAUUCAAACCGGGUCGAGAAGACGAGUAUCGAAAACAUUGGAAUGUUUAUCACCAUUUUCUUGGGUACGCAUUGCUUGUGAUGAUCCCAGUGAACAUAUAUGAAGGGAUUAAGAUACUGAGGCCUGAUAAUAGAAUAUGGAAAUGGGCAUACGAUGGGAUCUUAGUGUUCCUGGCUAUGGUGGUUUUGGCACUUGAGAUUUACACAUGGGCUAAAUUCUUAUGUGCAAAAUACUAUAAGAAAGGUAAUCAAGGAUCAAAUUCAAGGCCUACCGAUGGCGGUCGCUUACAGAAGGAGAUGCAAGUCGAGAAAACUGAUCAAAGAGCCUGA